CUUGCCACACACGACGUUGUGAUGGACGAAAUCCGCGAUGCUGCGUCGAGCCUCCAGAAGCUCUUGGCGGCUCUGGAGGCACAGGAGAAUGAGGACGAUCAGUCCCCAGCAUGCGUCAAGGCCACUAAGCUCAAAGCUCGCGUGCAUGAACUCGAGCAACGAAUGAAGAACGUCAUGGACGAGAAGGACUACUGGUUGAGGCGGUGCGUCCAAUACGAAGCGAGCUUUGCCACGAUGGUGCGCCGCGCGCGAAGCAACUCGGAGCUUCGGGAAAUGGCUGAUACGAUCACGAACCCCAUGUGCAGCAGAAGCAGUUCGCCUCGCGAAAAGAACAGCCCGGCCCAUCUUGCCGAGAUGUCACAUACCCCGUCCAUGCUUCCAUCCAUGAUCAAAAUCGGGCCCAAGCGCGCGUCGUUUCGCCUCCUUCAAUGCAGCGACAUGGAAUGCGAGGUCCUUCCGUCCCUCAACCGCACGAUCCAAACGCAAUGCCGCUCCAAGAACAACGUCCAAUUGAUGUGGGAUACUCCUCCGACGACCAUCUUGAUCGUGAAGAAACCCAACGAGCCCACCGUCGCGCAGACGAUGCGAGAGGUGGCCACGUGGCUCAUGACCGCCAAACACAUGCGCGUGUUCCUGGAGCCCGUGGUGCAUGCCGAGGAAGGUCUGGACGGGACGCUGACGUGGACGGACGCGGCGGACUGGCACGACAAGCAGCACGAGAUCGACUUGGUCGUGUCGUUUGGGGGAGAUGGCACGGUGCUGUGGGUGUCGUCUCUGUUCAAGACGAACGUGCCGCCCGUGUUUUCGUUUGCGAUGGGGUCGCUCGGCUUUCUCACGCCGUUCGAAGUGGCCCGCUACGAAGACCACUUGAGCCAACUCAUACGCGGCGGCUUUCACAUGUCCCUGCGACAACGCCUCAUCUGCACAAUCAUCCGAUCGGACAAGACGCCCCACGUCGAGACCAUCGCCAUGCCCGUGCAUGCCCUCAACGAAGUGGUCAUGGACAGGGGCCUCGGCGCCGCGCUCGUCGAGUUGGACUGCUUCUGCGAUGACGUGGCACUCACAAAGAUCAGCGCCGAUGGCAUCAUCAUAGCCACCCCCACCGGCUCCACGGCGUACUCGUUGUCUGCGGGUGGCAGCAUGACCCAUCCAAGUGUACCGUGCAUGCUGUUUACGCCUAUUUGCCCACAUACGUUAUCGUUUCGGCCGAUGCUGUUCCACGACAGCGCACACCUCAAGAUCGUCGUGCCGGCCACCGCCCGGUCCAGUUCGGUGAUGGCCUCGUUUGAUGGCAAGAUGCGCGUGCAGAUGAACCGCGGCGAUGAGCUGCAUGUCCGCGUGUCGUCGUUUCCGCUGCCAAGUGUGUGCAACUUGAACGAGAACGAGGACUGGUUUGCAUCGGUCAAGAGCAACUUGAACUGGAACCAGCGCAAGGAAAUCAAACCCUUUCACGACCCCCCGCCAACAAUGGAAUCCUCCGAGUCGUCGUCGUUCAACGAGUAAAUGAGUAAAACUCGGGAUGGUUUGGGCAUGACAGGGUGACCUUAGAGCACCUACCUACACACACAUACGACUGCUAACCUAACAGGAGAAGGCGGAGGCCCACGCUUGUCUGUUGAUAUGGUUAACCACCAAAUGUGGGAUCGCCGC